AUGGCCUUUUACGAUUAUGACCCGUCCCAAGCUGCUUCUGUCGUUUCGGCGUCUCUCUUUGGUGUCACCACCGCGUUGCACAUCUACCAGCUGUUGCGACGGAGGACGUGGUACUUUAUUCCAUUCCUAAUCGGCGGAUUGUUCCAGGUUUUCGGUUACAUUGUCCGCUGCCUUUCGAUAUCGCAGAAACCCGACUAUGAGAAGAACCCCUUUAUCAUCCAACAGAUUCUCAUUCUCCUCGCCCCGGCGUUGUACGCAGCAUCUAUCUACAUGAUUCUCGGACGCAUCAUCAUCCUCGUCCAUGCCGAGUCGUAUUCACUCAUCAGACGGAGCUGGCUCACCAAGAUCUUUGUGUCUGGAGACAUCGUCUCCAUGGUUGUUCAGGGAGCCGGCGGUGGUUUCAUGGCGGCCGCCGACACCCUCGACAAGCAGCAAGCGGGCAGCAACAUCAUCGUGGGCGGCCUGUUCAUCCAGCUCGCCAUCUUUGGCCUCUUCAUCACCGUCACGGCCCUCUUCCACCACCGCAUCCUGCGCGAACCGACCCCCCAGAGCGUGCGCCUCGUCGUGCCCUGGCGCCGCUACAUCCUCGUCCUGUAUGGCGUUAGCGCCCUCAUCAUGGCGCGUUCCAUCUUCCGCGUCGUCGAGUUCAUCGACGGCAAGGGCGGCGAGCUCAUGUCCAACGAGAUUUAUGUCUACGUCCUCGAUGCCCUCCUCAUGUUCUUCGUCUCGGUCAUACUCAACAUCUUUCACCCGAGCUCCGUCAUCUCCGCCAAGGCCAGCUACGGGACUCAGCUCGGGCCCCUGGGGACGUCCGACUCUGCGUCCGGGAUGGUGUAUGUUGCGUAG